AAAUAUAUACGAGCCGUCGGCGGCCUCUUUGUCGUUGCUGAAGAGAAAAAAGCCUCUCCUUUUUCCUGGAGAAGCGUGGGCAGGCGCUUCGGAAGGGCCAUUCAUUGGCACGACAUGGCGGAUCAAAUUAAUCGCCCUACUGCAGUUCAUAAAGUUGUGGGUCGAGUCCACCUCAGAUCAAGCUUUUCUCAAGAUGCACAGGCCCACAACUGCAACUUGUAUAACCCUUUUUUGUAUGAACGACAAUUCACAGCAGCAAAUUACAUGAAUGGAGGGUUUCAGAAACCAUUGCCUGCCAUCACAUCUGUCUCACCUGUGUUUGCCCAUGCUCCUUCAGAAAAAGGCCUUGCUGGCUUUGCAAUUGACUUCCUUAUGGGGGGAGUUUCUGCCGCAGUGUCUAAAACUGCUGCAGCUCCCAUUGAACGUGUGAAGCUGCUGAUCCAGAAUCAGGAUGAGAUGAUCAAGUCUGGUCGCCUCUCUGAACCUUACAAGGGAAUUACAGAUUGCUUUGGCCGAACAAUUAGAGAAGAAGGUGCUUUAUCUUUAUGGAGAGGAAAUACAGCCAAUGUUAUCCGUUACUUUCCCACUCAGGCCCUGAACUUUGCUUUCAAGGACUACUUCAAGAGGAUGUUCAAUUUUAAGAAAGACAGAGAUGGGUACUGGAAAUGGUUUGCUGGAAAUCUUGCUUCCGGUGGUGCUGCUGGUGCCUCUUCUUUGUUCUUCGUGUACUCCUUGGACUAUGCCCGUACACGUUUGGCAAACGAUUCCAAGGCAGCAAAGAAGGGCGGGGAGAGGCAAUUCAAUGGUCUAGUUGAUGUUUACAAGAAGACCUUUCAGUCAGAUGGCAUUGCUGGACUAUACAGAGGGUUUAAUAUCUCAUGUGUGGGUAUCAUUGUCUACCGUGGACUUUACUUUGGAAUGUAUGAUUCUCUGAAGCCAGUCGUCCUUACUGGAAAGUUACAGGAUAGUUUCUUUGCAAGCUUUGCACUGGGUUGGCUCAUCACCAAUGGUGCCGGCCUUGCUUCAUAUCCCAUUGACACAGUCAGAAGAAGAAUGAUGAUGACCUCUGGAGAAGCAGUCAAGUAUAAGAGCUCCUUGGAUGCCUUCUCCCAAAUAUUGAAGAACGAGGGCGCAAAGUCCCUGUUCAAGGGUGCUGGCGCAAACAUUCUCCGUGCCGUCGCCGGUGCUGGUGUGCUUGCUGGUUACGACAAACUGCAGCUGAUUGUUUUCGGAAAGAAGUACGGCUCUGGUGGCGCAUAAAACCACCGCAACACAUGCCUUGCCCUUCCAUUACAUAUCUUGCAAUCCAAAUAAUUUUAGUCAGCUGGAGAAUCACCCUACAUUAUUUGGAGUUCUGUUCUCCAAAACAUUUUUAACUAUGAGCAUUUUUGCUUUAGUUUCUUUGCGAUGAUGGCGAGAAAUGUCGUCUUCCUGACUCAUUUUUAUCAGAAGAUGCAAUAAAAUGAUUAGAUUAUGUAUUAAAGCUGAACAAAUGGUUUUGGCACAGAUAAAUUUUGUUUUCACCCUUAAGGA